AUGAACGAUGAUGAGUGCUGUAAUCACAACGAUAUUGGUAUUAUUGCAGCUGAAAACGAAGGACCGGAAAACUUUUCAAUGGAGGGAUCUUUACGAGAAGAACCAAGACAGAAGAAAAUUCGUGAAAACAAACAAAAAUUAAGAAAAGAAUUAAGAAGCAAAGGUCAAGGUUACACACAGCAUACAUCUUGCAAUUUAGUUGCUCCACGAGAAAUCAAACAAAGAUGUAAGGAAGAAGCUUGUACACGAAGCAACAAAAAGUGUAAUGAGUUUACUGAUGAUAAUAGGAAAGAAAUUUGUACCGCAUUUUAUGGAAUGGGGAAUUUAUCCUUACAAAGAGAGUAUGUAACCAGACACACAAAAACAGAAACAAAAAAAAGAAAAGUAACACAGAAUGAGAGCUCAAGAAGGUCCAAUACAGUCUUCUACUGUUUACCUUUAAAUGGUGUCUUGCAGCCUGUUUGUAAAGUGUUCUUUCUGAACACUUUAUCAGUAAGUGAGAAGACUGUCAGAACGGCUCUAGCAAAAUUACAACCGACUGGAGUUGUCGAGCCCGAAAAAAGAGGAGGCCGUCGACAGUCACAAAUAGAGAAAGACACCCAACAGAACGAAAAAAUAAAAGAACACAUCAAUAAGUUUGAUAGAGUUGAGUCUCAUUAUGUAAGAUCUGAUACCACCAGGGAAUAUUUACAUGAAGACCUUAACCUAUCAAGAAUGUACAGAAUGUUUUGUUCAGAUUACCAAGGUCAAAAAGUCCCAAGUGAAACUGCUUACAGGAAUGUUUCGGAAAAUGAAUCUUAG